AUGUGGGAGUCCAUGGCCUCGCAUAGUGAGAAAAUCGAGUCAAUUUUCCCUUUCUCUUCUUUCUUUGUUCAAGCUUUAGGGGAAUUUAUCUAUAACCAACAAUUUUUUACCCAAAAUUCCAUCGCCGUCAAGGGAGGAGGAGACGAAGAGAAUCACCUAGGAGACGACGUGUAUGAACCCGGCCCGACAGUAGCAGCCUAUCAUGGUAUUAUAGGAGACGACGUUUGUUUGCGGCAUUCCAUCGAACAUCUAGCGGGCCAUAUCGAUCUCGCCGAGGGAUGUGUAUUUGAAGAUGAUAUUGUUGUAAAGGAAAACGGGGUCUUGAUUUGGGAACGAGCCCAUUGUGGUGACGAGAGCGUGGAAAGAUUUUACCCCAUUAAGUGA